UUAAUUCACCACCAAUUCCUUGUCCAUUUACCAAUGAUGGCUCAACUGGUUUUCUCCAAGUUAAGCUCCCCACCCUUUCCUCCUCCCUCACCACCACCACAACCACCGUCUUUAUAAUCUCUUUCUAACUCUUAUGCAAUUUUUCCUCUUCUAGAUUCAACCUUUCAUCAUCAUAAUCUUCCUCACAACAUCAUCACCUUAAAAACCUCAAAAACUAAAACAUGAGCAUUCAACAACCGCCGUUGAUGUGGUCUCCAACACAUCCACCGUUCACUGUCUCUCAAUGGCAAGAGCUAGAACAUCAAGCUCUCAUCUUCAAGUAUCUCAAAGCUGGUUUAUCUGUUCCUCCUGACCUCCUUUUACCUAUUCGGAAAAGUCUUCAAUUCAUGUCUCAUCCAUCUCUGGGUUAUUAUGGAAAAAAAAUUGACCCAGAACCAGGUAGGUGUAGAAGAACAGAUGGUAAAAAAUGGAGAUGUGCUAGGGAUGCUCAUCCUGAUUCUAAGUACUGUGACCGGCAUAUGAUUCGACGUCGUUACCGUUCAAGAAAGCCUGUGGAAUCUUCUUCUUCUUCUUCUUGUUCACAAUCUUCAUCUUCAGUUUCAGCUACUACUUCACAAGGUGGUUCUAGUGGAAGUACUAGUACUGUUUCUGCUUCUGUUACUGCUACUUCAACUUUUCAAACACUUCCUUUGCAUACAAAUGGUACUCGUGAAGGUUUAAGUUUCAAUCUUGGGAACACCGUGCCCCACAUGGACCCUAUGCUUCUUCCUCUUCAGGGUUCUAAGAAACCUUAUAGGUUUGGACUGAACUCGGAAGCAGAGGAGAACAACCUCUUACAGAAAGAUCUAGGAUCUGUGAAGUAUCAAGGUUAUGACUUCACUUCAGAUGGCAUGUGGUAUAAUAACAUGUCUCAGAUUUCAUCAAACACUGUUUCAGAAUCAAGGAAUGGUUCUUCCAUGGUUGACAACUACAACUUCCAACAGCGAACAACAAGAGAACCUGAGCUGUUUAACCUCGACGCUGCAAGGUCCAAGGAAAUCGUCUUUAACGGCCAGCUAGGUAGUUUGAAACAGGAAUAUCCAUCCUCUCAGUCUCUCUUCAGUGACUGGCAGUGGAAGAAAGAUUUAGCCUCCUCUGGUGUGGAGUAUAGGCCAAGCAAGGAUUUUAACACUAAUCCAGAUGUCAAUGUUGAUUGAAAUGCUGCUACUUUAUGAAAGCUUGCAAUAAGUGUUGUCAACAUCAUGGUUUAAUUUCCAAGCUUCAAUUUUCCUACUGUUCACUUGAAGGAGGAGUUAUUAUGCUUUCUAUUUACACGUAAACUUUGUAAUAUUUGAUUGUAUUUUCCUUUUUCUUGAUUUGUUGCAUUUAGUUUGAAUAUUGUCUGUCUUUUAUGAUCAAAGACUUAUGAUUGUUAGACACAUGGUGUGUGGUGUGAUAUUUGAGUAUUCUGAGACAAGUAGUUAAAAAAAAUGAUGGUUAAUUAUUGCAUGAAUGAUUGUGAAUGA